CCGGAAGUGGUCAACAACAGACCGCUUCCGUGUUAGCCGCAUAGCAGCCUAGCUGUAGGCUAACUGUAAGCUAGCUGCAGGCUCACGACCCGGCGGGCCUCAGGUCUCAGUUUGUUAACGGUCGUACGUCCGAGCUGAUUCCAUGAGGAUGAGGAUGAGGAUGAGGAUGAAGAUGAGGAUGAGGAUGGGGAUGAAGGCGGGGCUUCAGUCUGUCCUCUGACUGCCUGUAUGGAGGAUGUGGUUCUUCAUUAUCAGUCUGGAUCAGUGGAGGAGCUCAGCUCUCUGUUCCAGAGGACAGAGAAGCUUCUGGAGUGUUUCCCCUGUCGGCCUCCUCCGCUCUUCACGCCCUGGUUCCCCUCAGACCACCGCCCCCCCAUCAGACCGGCCAAACCAGCGCCUGUCAUCACCUGCGCAGGAGAUUCACUGGUGUCCGACAGCAGGCUGCAAUGUACUGGCUUUGUUUCUAAAAAACACCACAAUCACCCAACUUCAGAGACGACAGGAAGUCCCCCUGAAACCUCACAGAGAGGAAAUGGUGUCCUCUGCAUUUCAGAAACUCCGAAUCAUCUCCAACCAGAGAGAGGAGUCACCGGACUGUCGCCCCAAAAACUGCCACCGGAGGACAUACAUGGCGUCCCUGUCCCAGACAGACAUGGCGUCCCUGUCCCAGACGCUGCGGUCAAUCGCUCCUGGAGCGUGUUCACGCGGCGAGGCGUCUUUCCACAGAGCUGCCACUCGCUGUCCAAACAGUUUGACCACAUGGUGUCUGUCCACAGGCUCCACCUCCGUCAGAGAGCCAAGUGGGUGAUCAGAGGGGACAACUGUGGGUCGGCCCGGGACAUCGAACAGGUGUGGCGGACUCUGAGCCGGUGCGUCCGGAGGGGCGAUCUGCCAACGUGCAACGCCAACAUCCAGAGGGGCCUGGUGGAGAUCUGGGUGUUCUGCGACGUGCUCUGCUCGGAGCAGGUGGGACGUUUCCUGAAGGCCGAGCUGCAGCUGUCAGGACGGAUCCUUCUGUCCGUUCACCAGAGAGGAAACGUCUUCAGCUUGUAGAACAACUCGCUACAGACUCCGGUUUUUACACGUUUACAGGUUUUUAACAGUGAAAACACUUGAAUGUAAAAGUCAUGAUGUUAACAUGGAGCUCCAGGUUCUUCUCCAUGUUUGCAUGAAGCUUCUUGAUCGAUCGGAAACCUGCAUCAGGUGUUUACACUCUGUACUGGUUACACUGGGGAGGAACUCUACCACAAUAUCCACUAUUUUUAACUCUUUAACGUUUACACUCACAUGACUCUCAGCCAGCAGAGUGCUUCAGACGACAUCCUCUCUACUGCACUGAGCGUUUAGAGCUCCUCCCUGCAGCCAUGGAAGUGCCUGGUGUCCCCCUCUCAGGAGCUUCCCUUCAUCUCUGAAGGAGACGGAGUGGACGAGUGUGUUUCUGUCUUCUGCUGCGAGACGUCUGUAUGAGACGGCCUCUGAACUCUCAGGACAACUUCCACUGAUGUUUUAUGAGAAUUUACUUGAUGAAUGAACCGAACAUGAAUUAAACCACAGACACGUGAAAUCCAGAUGAUUGUGUAUUUAAAUUCACCGGAGAACAGGUUAUACUUUGUCGUCACGCUCUGUUGUAAAUAAAGUUUUGAUAUUUGUAAUGAA